AUGGUUGAACCCGUUGACACGGUGUCCAUGCAGGCCUUCAAGCCCUUCCGUUAUGUGCCUUACCGCAAUGUCCCGCUCUCUUUGACGGACCCCGAUUAUAACUCGCUGAUGGACGAGAAAGUGGACUUCACUCCCGCUACCAUGACGUUGGCACUGCUGCACGUAGAGUCGACCGUGCAACCCAAGCUCAACACGCGACUAGUGCCCGCUGAGACCGUCAGCCGCAGGCUCGAAGACGGAGAGAAGUUCUGCAUGCCUCCUAUGAUUCAUCUUUGCGGCGGCGUUGUCAUCGCCGUGCCCAUCGUAACAACCAUGGAGGAACUACCGGGCAGGCACUGCAGCCUUCUCCUUGUGGCACACGCUAAUGAUCUUUGGGAACUCGCGAGCGAGAACCGCACAGUGGUUUUCCAUGUGGACCCGAAAGCCACACAGCGCUUCCACGAUGUCGCUUUCAACACCGUGCACGAGUGGAUCAUGAGCACUGCUCGUGUGCAGGCACUAUCGAGCUUCGGCGGGGCCGGUUUCGAACGGCUGAAAGAGUCCGACAUCGGCGAACGUUUUAAGAGGUGGAAGCAUGUGGUUCAUCUGGGUGGCAAGGGGAAGCCGAGGGAGGUGGCUGAGGGGAGCAAGGGGAAGCCGAAGGAGGCAUUGGCAUUUGAGGGGAGCAGGGGAAAGCAGAAGGAGGUGUCUGAGGGGCAUGAGUGGAAGAAGGAGAAGCGGAAGUUGAAGGAAAAGCUGGAUAAGGAGAGGUGCGAGAAGGAGCGUCUGCGGGAGGAGCUGCAGACGGCCACGCUGGAUCGUUCUCGAGCAAUUGAAGAGACCCUUGCCAAGGGCGUCGAGCAUCUGGUGGGUGAUCACACCAAGGCAGCGGCGAAGACACAGGAGACGGUGAAGUCUGUGGAAACGUCGCUUGCUGGUGUCGGAGACCAGCUCAAGACGGCCGCGGAAGGUGCCGUUGCGGGGCUUGGGCCGCAGGUCGACAAGGGUGUGAAGGCUGUUGCGACGAGUGCUGUCUCUGAUGCAGCGAAAACCAUGCAGGACGUUCUCGUCGAAGCUGUCAAGGGGGUGGUCAACAAGAAGCUGGAGGAGAUUAAAGCCUCCAUCGUCGCGCAGGUUGACAAGCGUGUCCGCGAGGCUGUCGCUGACUCCACCAACGGCUUGAAGACGGAGAUCGUCUCCAUGGUUAGGGAGACGACGAGACGGGCCUUUGGCGAAGCUGGAUUCGCCGCUCUUCCAAGCGUUUUUGGAGCCGCAACAGCUUUGGCACGCCAAGGUGGAGGAGGGGGUGCUGGCGCGAAGCAUCCUUGUGGGGAUGAUGGGAGUGAUACGCGUGGCAGGAUGGCAGCAGAUACAGUCUACAGCAAAGUCGCGCGGCUGAAACGCUCGAAGGCUGGCGGGCUGGAGAAGAGUGUGGGGGACGUUCCAUCGAAGCAGGCAUCUCGUGCGGAGAGUGGUGUUGCGCCUUUGCACAUAGACCCCACCUUGGGCACACCGGUGGGGCGUGCAGACGCUCGGGCCAACAUUGGGGCGUCCUUGCCGUCGCAAGGUUUAGUUGCGGAGUGGCAGGUAGGUCAUGGCGAUGCGGAUGGCGAAGCGGAGGAGUACGUGGAGAACGAGGAGAAUGAGGAAACGGAAGGCCUCCAGGUACAUGGUGACGCAGAAGGAGAGGAAACUGAUGGCACGGCUGGUGGUGCUUUGGCGGAGGUUGAAGGGGGCAGGGGUCGCAAGGGGAACUCGCCUGGAUGGACCGGCGACAUUAUGGGUGGAGGUUGCUCCCGCUACCUGGGCUACUCGUUGGAACGGGCGGACGUGGAGUUCACAGUGUCCGUGGCCAUGAUUGUGUGGGACGGAUACGUCUCGAAGGUGCUGUGGGACGCCUACAAGGAGGGCCACACCCCUGGAACUCCCCCAUCGUGGCCCGAGCAAUGGGCAUUGGCUAAGGGACUUCCGAAAGGCCUGUGGACAUGCAUGUGGUCUCAUGCCAUCUGCGGCGACAAAGACAUGCUGACCAAGUUUUUCACACACGUCACAGCGUAUCAGAGCGAUGGUUUGGACUUCCAGCCCGCUGUGUGUCUGGCCGUCGGUGCCAUUGCGGCCAGCGCGGAGGCGCUUGACAUGAAGGCUGCUGUCGCGUAUGGGGUCACCAUCGUGUCAACUGUCGCCGCCGCUUGGUACUUGGUCUCACACAGGGCUCUACAGUUCGCGCAAGCUUGCCAGUGGGCUGUGGGCGUGGGGAAGAAGCUUGACCGAGCCAAUGCCUUCCCGAACCUCUCGGACCAGUUGCUGAAGGUCAUGGAGGCGGUCAUGCUUGCUGUGAAGCUCGCGGGCGAAGAGGAAGGUGCGCUUGCGAAUGGGACGACCUUCAUCAAUCAGGCCGACAGCCUGUACGGACGUGCUUCCAUACAGGCAGUCGGCAUGGUGGUUCCACUUUCGGAGCUCAUGACGAAGCUCAUCGUGUACAGGAUGAAGCGCACCUACAAGUUCAACAAGUGGGUAAUUCCCAGAUAUGCGCCGACACGAGGUCGCGCACGCGGUGGUCGCGUGGGCCAGCAGCAGGGAGGUGGUCGCAUGGGCCAGCAGCAGGGAGGUGGUCGCUUGGGCCAGCAGCACAGAUAG